UUCUUCCGACACGGGUGUCCGUCUCAAAGCUCCUCAUAGGCUACUACAAAUAUCUUCCCCUCUUCGCCGUCCCGAACCCUCGUCUCUCCGCCUUACUCUCUCACCUUGAUCCAUGGCUUCCCUCGACACCGACGUCAACAUGGUUCCUGCCGGCGAGGGGUCCAGCGCCGGGCCCUCCUCCUCGAAGAAACCCAAGAGGUUCGAGAUCAAGAAGUGGAACGCCGUCGCGCUUUGGGCCUGGGAUAUCGUGGUGGAUAACUGCGCUAUUUGUAGGAACCACAUCAUGGACCUCUGCAUCGAGUGCCAGGCUAAUCAGGCGAGUGCGACGAGUGAAGAGUGCACAGUGGCUUGGGGUGUCUGCAAUCAUGCCUUCCAUUUCCAUUGUAUCAGUCGGUGGCUCAAGACUCGUCAAGUUUGCCCUCUGGACAACAGCGAGUGGGAAUUCCAGAAGUAUGGUCAUUAGAAUAGAUGACUUCGCUGCAGGUGAUAUUUGCCAACAGAGUGCAUCCAGCUUUUGUAUCCUCGUGCUUCCUCUCCUGAUUUCCAUGUGUGUGUCAGUGUGGAAUUUUAGAACAUGUCAAUUGAUCGUCCACUGAUUGCUGCCGUCUGUAAACAAACACAACAAACAUCUUAUCAUUUAAUGCCUCGUUGUGAAGGCUGCUACAUCAUCGUUCAAUAAGUUUACCUGACAGCCUUCUUUCUUGA